UUGUUAAACACCAUGACAAAAAUGCAAGCGACAAUACUUAACUGUACAGGGAAGUUUUAGGUAUCUUGUAAGUCGUUCGAAUCACUUGGAGUUUAUAAUUACGUAGUUGUGUUGGCGGAAAAGUGAUUUAAUAUUUUAAGAACACGUCACAAAUUGGAAAUCGUCAAACACAAUUGAAAAACAACCAUGAUUUUGUCUCGACAAAAACCAGCAGUUGGUGGAGCAUCUGCUUUGGUUCGUGAAAAGGAGAAAAGCAAAGAAAAGAAGUUGCCAAAAGUUGAUGAUCUGUUGACUUCUCGAGAUUACACUGGUGCUAUGACAGUGUUGGAGUUCAAUAAGCAAGCUGGAAAAGGAGAAAAGGACACUGACUCCUGGAUUGGUUUUUGUGCUUUUCAUUUGGGAGAUUAUAAGAAAGCGUAUGAGAUGUAUAUGAACUUGUGCAAACAGCCUGGAUGUGAUGCAAAUAUGUGGCUUAACUUCUCAUGUUGCUGCUUCUACCUUGGAAUGUACAAGGAAGCUGAAGAUGCUGCACUGAAGGCACCCAAGUCAUCCCUACAGAAUCGACUCUUGUUUCACUUGUCGCACAAAUUUAAUGAUGAAAAAAGAUUGAUGACAUUUCACAAAAACCUACAAGAUCAGUUUGAGGACCAGCUAUGCCUUGCUUCCAUACAUUACAUGAGAUCUCAUUACCAAGAAUCAAUUGAUGUGUACAAAAGAAUACUGCUUGAAAACAGGGAGUUCUUGGCUUUAAAUGUUUAUGUUGCUUUGUGCUACUACAAACUUGAUUACUAUGAUGUCUCACAGGAAGUAUUGGCCGUGUACCUUCAAUCCUACCCUGAUAGUGCAAUAGCAGUUAACUUAAAAGCUUGCAACCAUUUCAAACUUUUCAAUGGAAAAGCUGCUGAAGCUGAAUUGAAACAUCUGCAAGAAAUAUCAUCUUCCUCAUUCAGUUUUGCAUCUGAACUUGUCAAGCAUAACCUGGUUGUGUUUCGAAGUGGAGAGGGAGCAUUACAAGUGUUGCCUCCAUUGAUAGAUGUUAUACCAGAAGCAAGGCUUAAUUUGGUCAUCUAUUACUUGAGACAGGAUGACUUGGAUGAAGCUUAUGGGCUUAUUAAGGAGACGGAUCCCACUAGUCCACAGGAAUACAUCAUCAAAGCUGUAGUGAAUGCUGCUUUAGGACAAGAAAGAGGCUCGAGAGAACACGUCAAGAUUGCUCAACAAUAUUUCCAAAUGUUUGGAAGCUCGGCGAGUGAAUGCGAUACAAUUCCUGGUCGACAGUGUAUGGCGUCUUGUUUCUUCUUACUGAAACAGUUUGAUGAUGUGUUGAUAUACCUCAACUCCAUUAAGUCUUACUUUUACAACGAUGAUGUUUUCAACUUCAACUACGCUCAAGCAAAAGCAACAACUGGUAACUUCAAAGAGGCAGAAGAGGUGUUUCUUCUGGUACAAAGUGAAAAGAUCAAAAACGACUAUGUUUACUUGAGUUGGCUUGCAAGAAGUUAUAUAAUGAACAAGAAAGCAAGGCUUGCUUGGGAACUUUACUUAAAAAUGGAAACAUCAGGAGAAUCCUUCAGUUUGUUGCAGAUGAUUGCUAACGACUGUUACAAGAUGGGUCAGUUCUACAUCUCAGCAAAAGCCUUUGAUGUUUUGGAGCGAUUGGAUCCAAACCCUGAAUACUGGGAGGGUAAAAGAGGGGCUUGUGUUGGUCUGUUUCAACUAAUUAUUGCGGGGCAGGAACCAAGGGAAACAUUACGUGAAGUUCUAAUGCUGCUUCGUAACUCAACUAACCCACAAGUCGAAUACAUCGCGCGUGUUAUUAAGAAAUGGGGAAAAGAGAACAGAGUAGCUGUGCAGUGAACAGGCACCCUGAACUUACAUUACAACAUGCGGGUCAUUUAUUUUGGAAAGCAUAUACUGUAUAAUGGCGUCAAAUAUCUACACUGGGAGACUCAGUAUCCAUUACUUUUGCUUCGUACUUGAAACGUCUGUGUCGCCCGUUCGGCGUGUUCUGUUCAAAAAUAUCGUGUACGUUUCAUUACUGUGCUUUUUAGUUUUUUAAUAAAAUGAAAUUGAAUGUUA